AUGUCAAACGAACAAGGACAAGAAGAAGAAUAUUACGAUGAUGAAGCAUACGGUUUCGAAGAUGCAAAUGCUCCAAUCACAGCAGAAGAUUCAUGGGCAGUAAUCUCAUCAUUCUUCCGUGAGAAAGGUUUAGUUUCCCAACAAUUAGACUCAUUCAAUCAAUUCGUCGAUUAUACUUUACAAGAUAUCAUCUCUGAAGAUUCUACUUUGAUCUUGGAACAACUAGCUCAACAUACUACGGAAUCAGAUAAUAUCAGUAGAAAAUACGAAAUUAGCUUUGGGAAAAUUUAUGUGACAAAACCAAUGGUUAAUGAAUCUGAUGGGGUUACUCAUGCUUUAUAUCCACAAGAAGCACGUUUACGUAAUUUGACUUAUUCUUCAGGGUUAUUCGUAGAUGUUAAAAAGAGAACUUAUGAAGCAGUAGAUGUCCCAGGAAGAGAAUUGAAAUAUGAAUUGAUUGCAGAAGAAUCUGAAGAUGAUAGUGAAAGUGGGAAAGUUUUUAUAGGUAGAUUACCAAUCAUGUUAAGAUCUAAAAAUUGUUAUCUAAGUGAUGCCACUGAAUCUGAUUUAUAUAAAUUAAAAGAAUGUCCAUUCGAUAUGGGUGGUUAUUUCAUUAUUAAUGGGUCUGAAAAAGUUCUAAUUGCUCAAGAACGUUCAGCAGGGAAUAUCGUUCAAGUGUUUAAGAAAGCUGCUCCAUCACCUAUCUCUCAUGUGGCAGAAAUUAGAUCCGCUUUAGAAAAGGGUUCCAGAUUCAUUAGUACUUUACAAGUGAAAUUAUACGGUCGUGAAGGUAGUUCUGCUCGUACCGUUAAGGCAACUUUACCAUAUAUUAAACAAGAUAUCCCUAUCGUUAUUAUCUUUAGAGCUCUCGGUAUUAUUCCAGAUGGUGAAAUUCUAGAACAUAUCUGUUAUGAUGUUAAUGAUUGGCAAAUGUUAGAAAUGUUAAAACCUUGUGUGGAAGAUGGGUUCGUUAUACAAGAUCGUGAAACUGCAUUAGAUUUCAUUGGCCGUCGUGGGACUGCAUUAGGUAUCAAGAAGGAAAAGAGAAUUCAAUACGCUAAAGAUAUUUUACAAAAGGAAUUCUUACCUCAUAUAACACAAUUAGAAGGUUUUGAAAGUAGGAAGGCUUUCUUCCUUGGUUAUAUGAUCAAUAGAUUGUUAUUAUGUGCUUUAGAUCGUAAAGAUCAAGAUGAUCGUGAUCAUUUUGGUAAAAAAAGAUUAGAUUUGGCAGGUCCAUUAUUAGCACAACUUUUCAAAACUUUAUUUAGAAAAUUGACUAAAGACAUUUUCCGUUAUAUGCAAAGAACAGUGGAAGAAGCAAACGAUUUCAAUAUGAAAUUAGCCAUUAAUGCUAAGACAAUCACUUCAGGUCUUAAAUACGCUUUAGCAACAGGUAAUUGGGGGGAACAAAAGAAGGCAAUGUCUUCAAGAGCUGGUGUGUCUCAAGUCUUGAAUCGUUAUACUUAUUCAUCAACAUUAUCACAUUUAAGAAGAACAAACACUCCAAUUGGUCGUGAUGGUAAAUUAGCAAAACCACGUCAAUUACAUAAUACUCAUUGGGGGUUGGUUUGUCCUGCAGAAACUCCAGAAGGUCAAGCGUGUGGGUUAGUCAAGAAUUUAUCAUUGAUGUCAUGUAUAUCCGUCGGUACAGAUCCAAUGCCAAUUAUUACAUUCUUAAGUGAAUGGGGUAUGGAACCAUUGGAAGAUUAUGUCCCACAUCAAUCUCCUGAUGCUACAAGAGUUUUCGUUAACGGUGUUUGGCAUGGUGUUCAUAGAAACCCUGCAAGAUUAAUGGAUACAUUAAGAACUUUAAGAAGAAAAGGUGAUAUUAAUCCAGAAGUUUCUAUGAUUAGAGAUAUUCGUGAAAAGGAAUUGAAAAUUUUCACAGAUGCAGGGAGAGUUUAUAGACCAUUAUUUAUUGUAGAAGAUGAUGAAUCAUUAGGUCAUAAAGAAUUAAAGGUAAGAAAGGGUCAUAUCAAUAAGUUAAUGGCUACAGAAUAUCAAGAUAUUGAAGGUGGAUUUGAAGAUGUAGAAGAAUAUACAUGGACAUCGUUAUUAAAUGAAGGGUUAGUAGAAUAUAUUGACGCUGAAGAAGAAGAAACAAUCUUAAUUGCUAUGCAACCAGAAGAUCUUGAACCACCAGCGGUGAAUGAAGAUGAACCUAUGGUAGAUGAUUUAGACCCUGCUAAACGUAUUAGAGCUGUACAACAUGCAACAACGUUUACACAUUGUGAAAUUCAUCCUUCAAUGAUUCUUGGUGUAGCAGCAUCUAUUAUUCCAUUCCCCGAUCAUAACCAAUCUCCACGUAAUACUUACCAAUCUGCUAUGGGUAAACAAGCUAUGGGUGUUUUCUUAACAAAUUAUAAUGUACGUAUGGAUACUAUGGCUAAUAUCUUAUAUUAUCCUCAAAAACCUUUAGGUACUACUCGUGCUAUGGAAUAUUUGAAAUUUAGAGAACUUCCCGCAGGUCAAAAUGCUAUCGUUGCCAUUGCAUGUUAUUCAGGGUAUAAUCAAGAAGAUUCUAUGAUUAUGAAUCAAUCAUCUAUUGAUCGAGGAUUAUUCAGAUCAUUAUUUUUCAGAUCAUACAUGGAUCAAGAAAAGAAAUAUGGUAUGUCUAUCACUGAAACUUUUGAAAAACCACAACGUACCAAUACUUUAAGAAUGAAACAUGGUACAUAUGAUAAAUUAGAUGAUGAUGGGUUAAUUGCUCCAGGUGUAAGAGUUUCAGGUGAGGAUGUGAUUAUUGGUAAGACCACUCCAAUAUCGCCAGAUGAAGAAGAACUAGGGCAAAGAACAGCAUAUCAUUCCAAACGUGAUGCUUCCACACCUUUAAGAAGUACUGAAAAUGGUAUUGUGGAUCAAGUGCUAAUAACAACGAAUCAAGAUGGGCUAAAAUUUGUCAAAGUUCGUGUUAGAACGACGAAAGUUCCACAAAUUGGUGAUAAAUUUGCGUCUCGUCAUGGUCAAAAGGGUACAAUUGGUAUUACGUAUCGUAGAGAAGAUAUGCCAUUCACAGCAGAAGGUAUUGUUCCUGAUUUAAUUAUCAAUCCUCACGCUAUUCCAUCUCGUAUGACUGUGGCGCACUUAAUUGAAUGUUUGUUAAGUAAAGUUGCUGCUUUAUCAGGUAACGAAGGUGAUGCAUCUCCAUUUACAGAUAUCACAGUGGAAGGUAUUUCCCGAUUACUACGUGAACAUGGGUAUCAAUCUCGUGGGUUCGAAGUUAUGUAUAAUGGUCAUACAGGUAAGAAAUUAAUGGCUCAAAUUUUCUUUGGUCCAACAUAUUAUCAACGUUUAAGACAUAUGGUGGACGAUAAGAUUCAUGCAAGAGCUCGUGGUCCAAUGCAAGUGUUAACUAGACAACCUGUGGAAGGUAGAUCAAGAGAUGGUGGGUUAAGAUUUGGUGAAAUGGAACGUGAUUGUAUGAUUGCCCAUGGUGCUGCAUCAUUCUUAAAGGAAAGAUUAAUGGAAGCUUCAGAUGCCUUUAGAGUUCAUGUUUGUGGUAAUUGUGGGCUGAUGUCCGUUAUUGCUAAAUUGAACCAUAACCAAUUUGAAUGUAAAGGUUGUGAUAACAAAAUUGAUAUUUAUCAAAUUCAUAUUCCAUAUGCUGCUAAAUUAUUAUUCCAAGAAUUAAUGGCCAUGAACAUUACUCCACGUCUAUAUACAGAUCGUUCAAGAGAUUUUUAA